GCUAUGGCUGGGAGGAAUGAUGCUGCGAUAGCUGCUGCUUUGGAAGCGAUGGCUCAGGCUAUGCAGAACCAACCGAAUGCUGAUGAGAGUGCUGGAUCUCGUAGUUUGGCGACUUUCCAGAGGGAGAAUCCGCCGGUGUUCAAGGGUACGCAUGACCCUGAUGGUGCUCUUGAGUGGUUGAAGGAGAUCGAGCGAAUCUUCCGUGUUAUGGAUUGCACUCCUGCACAGAAGGUUAGAUAUGGCACUCAUAUGCUGGCUAAGGAAGCGGAUGAUUGGUGGCUAGAGACCCGUAGGAGGUUGGAGGCUCAUGGUGAGGAGAUCACUUGGAUUGCGUUUCGCAUGGAGUUCCUGAGGAAAUAUUUUCCUGAGGAUGUCCGUGGUAAGAAGGAGAUUGAAUUCCUUGAGCUGAAACAAGGAAACAAGUCUGUUGUGGAGUAUGCUGCUAAGUUUGGUGAGCUGGCUAAGUUUUACCAAUACUAUAAUGGUGUGAAUGGUGAGUUUUCCAAGUGUAUCAAGUUUGAGAAUGGGUUGCGUCCAGAAAUAAAGAAAGCGGUUAGUUACCAGAAGAUCCGUAUUUUUGCUGAUUUGGUGGAUAGUUGUCGGAUUUAUGAGGAGGACAACAAUGCUCAUUACCGUGUUAUUAAUGAGAAGAGGGGCAAGAAUCAACAAAGCCGCGAGAAACCGUAUGAUGCUGGUAAAGGGAAGCAAAGAGUUACUCAUGGUCAUAAGACUAGUGGGGGAGAUGCUCCUGCUAGGAUUAUAUGCUUCAAGUGUGGUCGACCUGGUCAUAAGAGUAAUGCUUGCACUGCUGAUGUGAAGAGGUGUUACCGUUGUGGUAAGACGGGGCACAUGUUAUCUGAUUGUAAGCAUAAGGAUGUUGUUUGCUUUAACUGUGGUGCGGAGGGGCAUAUUGAUAGCCAGUGUCAGAAGCCAAAGAAGACAGCUGUAGGUGGUAAAGUGUUUGCUUUGUCAGGAACUCAGACAUCUAGUGAGGAUGGCCUUGUUAGAGGUGAUUCGCAUUGAGAGGAGGUUAGCCGAGUUGGUGUUGAGUCGUUGACGCUCUGAUACGUAGCACUCGGGGGGGACGAACGAGUUGAUUUACUUGCUUUUGGAUUUUUAUGUUUUGGCAUACACUUGAGUUAUUUGUUUGAGAUUGUCGCUUUAAAGUGCUUUAAUUGUUGAAUUAAGAUGCUAUGAAAUCUUGAACUAAUUGUUGAGUUUCCGUUGCACUUCUAUGGAAGUUAA